UCAGGUUUGAGAAUUUACCUACUUUCCGGUAUCAUAUAUGAUAAUAACGAAACAUCAGAGCUGGAAAAUAAACCUGAGAACAAGAACAUGUGCAAACGUGGUUGUGGCUUCUAUGGAAGUGUUCGAUUCAAAGAUAUGUGUUCCAAAUGUUAUCAGGAGCAUAUUAAAUGUAGUUCUACCUUGGAGCAAGCUACACUUGUUCAUUCCACUUCAAUUGAUAUACCAGAUAAUCGAAAGUCACAGCUCUUAGAUUGCUGUGAACACUCUCCCAAAGAUUCCACUUCAAAUCAGUCAGACCCUACAACAUCUUCCCAAUUAUCUCGUGCGCUUAAACGAAAGGCAAAUCCCUCAGUCUCUGCAGAAACUUCCAAAGCCGACUCGUCAGCUUCCCGUCCCGUUCUUGGCGUCAAUCGUUGCACUUGGUGUCGCAAGCGUGUUGGACUGACAGGUUUCGCUUGCCGCUGCGAUGGACUGUUCUGCUCAUUACAUCGAUAUUCCGAUCAGCACGAGUGUGCUUAUGAUUAUCAAGCAAAUGGUCGUCUUGAACUAGCUCGCGCCAAUCCAGAAGUACGUUGUCCCAAAAUUCGAAAACUGUGAGAUCACGAACAGGAUUCCGGAUCUCCUAAACCUUUGAUAUAUUCCUCUCAUUUUCAUUACGCCUUUCACGACAAAAUCAAUAUUAAGACGAUAUCAGCUCCUACUACAACACUACUUGUUUUCUUUUUUCAUAUUUAUUCAAUGCCUUUGAUUUUGAUUUUCUUCGCACACCGAUGGUCUUUACAAAGUUUAUCAUAAAUUUUUUUGUGAAUAUUAAUACACUAAUAAAUCAUAUUUGUCAAUCAAUUCUAAUCCAUCUCUAUGGCAUUUGUUGCUUCAUCUUUUAUUGUGAUUAUAUUAUUACCAUCUACUCCUACCUAUGGGAUUUUUCUCACGUUGGGAUUCCAAUGUAUUUUCAUUUUAUGGAACAUGUUGCAUUAUAGAUUUUCCAAAACCACGCCUCUUUAGACCAACACAACUAUAUAUUGUAUAUCAUGAUUAUCGGCGUAAAAGUGUGAAGUAAAAAGGAAUUCUCUAUUCUUAUCCAAAUAAUAUUUGUUGCUUUUAUUCUCGAGUGCAUACAUGCUUACGCGAGAAUUCUACAUCAGCAGUGUUUAUUAUCAAGACAUAAUUUUGGUUGGCUAUGUCUAAAGUGUAGAUUGAGUAGUAGUAAUCUUUAACAUUAAUUUUUUGGUUUGCAAAAGUACUUGUCUUAUCAUAACAUCAAAAUGACUUAUACGUUAUAUAUAUUUAUAAAUAUUAAUUAAAAAGCGGGGUUUCUCGUACUUACGGCGAGGCCCUUUUUAGUUCAUAUUUCAUUCGUAUAACUUGUACAAUAUGUGUGGACAAGUGUCAACAAAUAAUUUUUCAACCUCAUGACAUCCGAGCGGUGUUUGUGUCUAUAUAUUGUGUAUGCGUGUGCUAUAUAAGCUUGUUGAUGUAAUGGUUACGAAUAGUGAUUGAUUUAGUUGGAGUAAUUUAAUUUUCCCUUUUUUGUUCUUUCAUUACCUCUAUACACAUAUUUGUAUCCAGUUUUAUUGUAUUUACCUUUCUAUUGUAUCAUUAUUAUUACUAUUAUUCUUAGUUGCUGGGUUCAAGACCCAUGUGUAACUGUAUGUUUACAGGAUUUCAGUACCAUUACCUAUAAUUUCUUAUUUUUAUUUCUCUUAUUGUUCUGUUUUGUCAGUCAGUCAUCAACAUAGAACCUAGUAAAAAUGUGCGUUGGUGUAAAUUAACAUACCUCAUCAUUAGCACGACGAAAUGAAAUUAACAAGAUGCGUGGCAAGAGAGAUCAGAAUAAUAUGGCAGCGGUGGCAAUGUGAAGUACUAAACAUUAAGAAUAGGUUUUAGGAUAAGCAGAUUAGAAAGGUACAUAUGAAGAAAUACCAGGAUCCAAGACUGAAAAAAAGAUAAAGAACACACCUGUACCAUUGUAAGUGGUCCCGAGUUGUGAGACGAAGUCUCCAACUGUCGAUCGCUGUCAUAGUGCUAACGAUAACCUGGCAAUCUGUGUCUGUUAACAUGGCUCGGCUUCAUGCUGUUGUUUAUAUGUUCAAACGAAACAACAGUAGGACAAUACCUCGCACAUUUUCACUGGGGACAUCAGUUAUUUACAUUCACAGAUGUUUUAUCAUGACCUUAUAUAGGAGCUACUGUCAAAUAGGAAAAAGGAAUUUCAAUUCGCGUUAGGCAUUUUAGGUGCGAAGAUUGCUUUAAAAGCUAAUGCUGAUUUCGGUCUAGUCAUGAAGAAUAGGUUGUAUUUGUCGCCUUAGUUAUUCUGAUUGCGUAUAUCAAUGCUUCAACGACCCCGUACCUAGACUUAUCACUUGUUUAUGAAUUCAGUCUCGAAAUUUAUAAGCGUUUACUAGAUUGCAUAUCAGUUUUUCCUUACUAAAAUAAAGAGGUGUGAGACCAAGUGGACUGCAGAUAGAAGUAGUGCAUCAGUUCUGAAGUUGUGUAAAUACCAUCAAAUAUUCUCAAAAUAGCUCACCAUUCAGAUAUACUUCGGACUGUUCACUACGUGCUUUAUGAAAAAGGUUUUCUAAUUAUGGGAGAAGCCUUAAAUUCUCAAGUUUAGGUAGUUGUUACGAAAGAACCUAGGGCGUGACAUUUAAUAAAAAAGUAUAAUUUCACCCAGUAAUUUGAUAGUGUUUAUUUCUCGUGAGUUAAAAUCUCAUGUGUAAACAAGUGUUUUGCCUACGCUUAUUUUGAAAUACACUACAGCACGUUGUCAUUAAUUUGGCGUGGUUUGUGGUAACUUAGAUAUCUUUUUGACUUAUUCAAAACAAUAACGAACGUAGCAGAAUAACUUGGUCUUAUCUAAAACAAUGAGUGCCUUCGGUAAAUUUUGAUAAUGUCAAGGGAAGGCGUUGUUCAGAAGAAUGUGAUGUAUUUAUACCAUAUAUUUCUAGCAGUCUGGUCACAUUUUUGGUCGACCAAUUGAAUAAAAGUUUAGUAAAGAUGGCGAUCCUGCUGUAACCUUCUU